AUGUCGGUACCUGGCCAGAUCAGCGAGCCGGAGGUCAGCCCACAGGCUUCAUGGCUGGGGUUCAGCGUUGCCGAUGCCUUCUUGGGCAUUGAGGCCCGCUUGGAUCGAAUCUCAGAGCAAGUAGAGCUAUGUAUAUCGGAGGUGACACAGAUGAACCUCAGACCGCCUUCACAGGCUCUACACCGGAGGGUGAAUUUUCCUUCCAAGGUCCGGCCUGAGGGCAUCUUGCCCGUAAUACCUUCAGAGGCUCCUCUUUCCUUGGAAACGCCGUAUCCGAGUGAAAUCGAAACCAUUCCUUCGCUGGCGAGCUUCUCCCAGGACAUGUCCCACACAGACUCACGCCUAAAGCCCACCAUCAGUGAGCGAAGUUUCCGUGAGAUGACCCGGAGUGGAACAGACGCCCAGACCGUCCAAUCGGGAGUGUACGAGCAUCGUUUCAGCCGGCAAGUAAAGGCUUUCCGGAGCGUUGACCUCAGGGUGGCCUGGCAGGUCUAUGGCACAGAGCUCAAGCAAAGGAUGGGCAGCCUGGAAGCGCAGCCACUUAUGAGACUGGUCUAUCGCACUCGGGCUGAGUUUUUAUGGGAGUUGUUAGAUGAUCCGGAGUCCAGUCGCUGGGCGUGGUGUCUGGCGAUACUUCUGAAAAUGCUUGUGCUUGUAUCCAUGCUGACUUCGGAGCUUGCUGCCCUGCCGCACAGCGUGGAUGCACGUGCAUUGCUUGCUUUCGAGUUCGUUUGUGAUACAGUCUUCUUCGUUGAGUUCUGGUGCCGUAUUCUUUCUGCACCAAGCAAGAGGAGAUACCUGGCCGAUCCUCUGAAUGCCCCGGAUGUUCUCUCCAUAGUCGGACUUCCGCUUCGGACAUAUCUGAUCUUCGCCGUCCAGCCAUCCCCCGAGUAUGAUGUGCUCAGAACACUGCUAUAUUACUUCUUACCCCUGGUUCGCUUCCUUAAGCUAUUGAGGCGUUUUGAUACCAUCAGACUUCUGACCGAAGCAUGUAGGAACUCUCUGGAGUCCCUACCAGUUUUGGCUUACAUGGUGGCUCUCAUCACGCUGGCAGCUGCGACUGGCAUCUACCUUCUUGAGCCGGUUGACAACAUCCCCAGCAUGCCACAUGCACUGUGGCUUGCCAUCGUGACCAUGACAACCGUGGGAUAUGGCGACUUCUACCCAAUAUCCCUGGGAGGUUAUCUGACGGUGUCACUUCUCACGUUUGUGAGCAUGAUAUUCCUGGCCCUGCCUGUUGGCAUUAUCGGCUACGAGUUCACGCAAGCAUGGAAGCAGCGGGAGCAAAUGCUUCUCAUGAUGCGGAUUCGAAGAAGUCUUGUGAAGUGGAGCUACGACGCCAACGACAUGAACAUUUUGUUUCAGUACGUCGAUGGCGAUGGAGACGGCUGCCUCAACCUCACAGAGUUUGUGGAGCUCGUUCGUCAGAUGCGCAUCGGCUUAUCCGUUGACCAUGCAGUGCAGAUCUUUGCGUUGUAUCACGAUGAGUCGCAAGGAACCAUGAGCUUUGCGGAGCUGUUGCGCGAUAUAUUUCCUGAAGAAUACUUGCGGGAUCAGCAGGAGAGGGCCGGUGACCAGCAGCUGCAGCUACAAGCCUCAAAGCAGAGCAUAUUUCAGGCUUUGCAGCGCUUCGAGUCUGACCGGCAGCAUUCUGCUGCAAGCCAAUCUGUAAAGAGCGAUUUCCAAACGAGAGACGAGGACACCGGCUGA